AUGCAUGAAGUCGUCGAGGGAGGGAAAGCACAAAGGGUCCAUGAGGCGUUUGGAAAACGCCAAAUCUUCGGCACGGCCCUUCAAGUGCGACAUCGCGAAAGCGACUCGAGUGUCGUCGUCCAAGAUACGCUGCGCGUUCGCAGCGGUCUCAACUUGGAGGAUCCAGCGGAGGAGUUUGUCGGACUCCGCUCCACCAAAUUUCGUGACCUCGAGUUUGAUCGGCUUCAGCCGGGAGGGCUUUGUUGUUCGGAGGUAUGGAGCGCGUACGUAAGGCGCUCGACUUUAGUCGCGCUGCGUGCGAGUGACUAUUCGAAAGUACGACCAUGGGCUGCCAUGGUGGACAGUUGGCUUUCCAAAGCGGCGUGA